AUGGACCCUGAUGAUUUGUUCAACUCUCUUGAGCAAGAUGAAACCCCUGCCGCUGAUCCGAUUGGCCAGCUCGAGGGCCAGAAGCUAACCGCCGCCCAAGAGUAUGCCAAUAACCUGCUGGCUGGACUGGGCAUGGACGAAGAAACUGCGGUGCCGGCGAAACGCCCCCAUUUUGAUGCGGGACUUGAACCGGAAGAAGGGCAAAUCCAGCGUAACUACGACCAGAACAUACAUGUCCACACCAUCGAAACAGACACCGAGAACUGCGUGCAUGAAGUUGCUCUGCCGCCGAACAUCGACUUCGAGCCGCUGAGAACGAUGAGCGUUGAACCGGCUCACACCUAUCCAUUCCAACUCGACUCGUUCCAGAAGGAAUCCAUCCAGUGUAUCGAAAACAGUCAAUCUGUGCUCGUCUCCGCUCACACCUCUGCUGGAAAAACCGUCGUUGCUUUGUAUGCCAUCGCCCAGAGCUUGCGGGACAAGCAGCGCGUCAUCUACACCUCCCCGAUCAAAGCGCUUUCGAAUCAGAAGUAUCGUGAAUUGGAGGAGCAGUUCCAGGAUGUCGGAUUGAUGACGGGUGACGUUACACUCAAUCCUGAUGCUUCCUGCUUGGUGAUGACUACAGAAAUUCUUCGCUCGAUGUUGUAUCGAGGUUCUCAGAUAAUGCGUGAAGUCGGCUGGGUGGUUUUCGAUGAAAUCCAUUACAUGCGCGAUAAAGAGCGAGGAGUCGUUUGGGAAGAAACUAUCAUAUUGAUGCCACCUACCUGCCACGCUGUGUUCCUAUCCGCCACCAUUCCUAAUGCUAGGCAAUUCGCUGAAUGGGUCUGCUGGCUGAAGCGAAAGCCCUGCCAUGUCGUCUACACUGAUUACCGACCUACGCCUCUUCAGCAUUUCAUCUUCCCGGCUGGGGCCAGUGGACUUUACGAGGCUGUAGAUAUCAAGGGCAAUUUCCGCGAGGACAAGUUUGCUGAGGCCAUGUCAUUUUUGAAAUCGGAUGGCGAUGCCAAACACGGGAUCCAGCGGGGCCGGAAAGGCGGCGCAAAAGCGGCUUCCGAGUCUAACGUCAACAAGAUCAUCCGCACAAUGAAGGAAAACGACAUGGUGCCGUGCAUCAUUUUCUCGUUCUCCAGAAAGGAGUGUGAGGGCUACGCUCUGGCGCUCAAGGACAUGGACUUCAACACAGCGAGGGAGAAGCAGCAAAUCCGCGAAAUAUUCCAAAAUGCCAUCGACAUAUUGAACGACGAGGACAAGAAGCUCCCACAGAUCAGCCAGAUUCUACCGCUACUGUCCAGAGGUAUCGGCGUCCAUCACUCCGGCCUAUUGCCUGUUUUGAAGGAAUUGGUCGAAAUCUUGUUCGGCGAAGGGCUUUUGAAGACCCUUUUCGCCACUGAAACUUUCUCGAUGGGCCUCAACAUGCCAGCCAGAACGGUGGUCUUCACCUCGGCUCGCAAAUUCGACGGCAAGGAUUUCAGAUGGAUCACCUCGGGAGAAUACAUCCAAAUGUCUGGGCGAGCUGGUCGUCGUGGUCUUGACACCCGCGGUCUGGUGAUCAUGAUGGUUGACGAGCAGAUGAGCCCCAGUGACGCUCGACAGAUCAUCAAGGGUACGACGGACCCGCUGAAUUCUCAGUUCCGCCUUACCUACAACAUGGUCCUCAAUAUGCUCCGUGUCGAUGGUGCCACUCCGGAAUACAUGCUGGAGCACAGCUUCUAUCAGUUCCAGAAUAACGCCUCCAUCCCCGUUCUGCAGACAAAACUAGCGGCAUUGGAGACCGAACUCGAUUCGAUUCAAAUUACAAAAGAAGUGGCCCUGGAUGGGUACUACGAAUUGGAGAAAUCGAUCGUCACAGCAAAGGAGCAAAUCCGGGCGACCGUGAUGAGCCCGAAAAAUUUGGUGCCAUUUCUACAUGCCGGUCGUUUGUUUCACAUCAAAAAGGCAAACCUCGAUUUCGGCUGGGGCCCGUUGAUCAAUUUCCAUCGUAAAGUUAACCCAGACAAUAAAAGCGAGGUGGUAUUUGCCUUGGAGGUGCUCCUUCCACUUGCCCCGGACUCCGUCGGUGAUUUGAAGAAUAUUGCGCAACUCAGGCCGGCUACAAGCUUAGACAGGGCUUCUUGGGAAGUUGUCCCUCUGGCUAUCGACACGGUCUACGAUGUGUCCGCCGUUCGAAUUCAGCUUCCGAAAUCGCUGAAACACGAAAAGGAGCGGGCAGUUGUUGAAACGAUAUUGAAGGAAGUGAAGAAGCGCUUCAAGGACACCUACCCACCUCUCGACCCCAUCACCGAUAUGAAGAUCAAUGACGAGCGCUUCAAGAAAAUGUACGAGGCACAGAAGAAGAAUGAAGCACGCUAUCUGGAGCACGAGCUCCGAGGCCGGAAGGACUUUGAGCAGCUUUGCGAGCAAUGGAAAAGAAAGGACAUGAAGCGACAAGAGGUGCAGCAGCUGAACAAGGAUUUGUCGAAGGCGAUGAGCUUACUGCAGCAAGAUGAACUGAAGAAGAGGAAGCGCGUGCUCAGACGCCUGGAAUAUUGCGACCAAGGCGACAUUGUGACUGAAAAGGGAAAAGCCGCUUGCGAGAUUUCGGCAUCGGAUGAACUGCUGCUCGUUGAGAUGCUGUUCGCCGGCGUAUUCGCCAAGCUGUCGCCUACGGAGAUCGCCGCCCUGCUUUCUUGCUUCGUCUUCCAGGAUAAAGCCCCGCCUGGCAAGAUGGCCGAGAACCUUUCGGGAUGUCUACGCCAAAUUCAGGAACACGCUCGUCGCAUUGCAAAGAUCACGAUCGAUUGCAAGAUGGAGCUUGACGAGGAGCAGUAUGUCGACUCGUUCAAGCCGGGUCUCAUGGAGGUGGUUUCCGAGUGGGCCGACGGGAAGUCGUUUGCCGACAUCACAAAGAACCGUGACCUAUUCGAGGGAUCCAUAAUCCGUACGCUGCGUCGACUGGAAGAGGUGCUGCGCGAGAUGAUGUCCGCUGCAAAGAACAUAGGAAACGCCGAGCUAGAGGAGCGCUUCUCGGCGGCAAAGACGAUGGUGAAGCGCGACAUCGUGUUCGCCGCCUCGCUCUACCUC